CAUCUAGUUCAUGUGUAAAAGAGGAAAACGGUAAAACCCACAUUGGGCAGCAAGAGUGGCCAAGAUGUGAAAAAGGGGCAGCGGUUAUCUUCACGACUCAAUCAACAAAUUCUUAAAACCCAUAAAGAUUAUAAAUAAGCCCAUUUAUGGCCCAAACGGAGGAAGAAAAAGAUUGGAGAUGAAGCAGCAACAGUGUCUCUUCCCACACACACAGACAUGGCCGUCGCGGCUCAGAGCACUUUCUUUCUCAAACUCUCCCUCACGAAACCAUCCUUCCCCAUCACAACAACAACAACAAACUUGUCCCUACCACCUACGAAUCGAAAACCGCUCUUCGUCUUCCCUCCUCCCCAAGCUCAUUUCCCAUCUCCCAAGAAAAACCCUAAAGACGAACAGCAGAGACUCUCCUUCACCAUUUCUUACCUCAUCAACUCCUGCGGACUAUCUCCCGACUACGCCAUCGUCGCAGCUCGCAAGCUCUUGCUAGUCCCCGAACGCCCCAACACAGUUCUCAACCUCCUCCGUGACCACGGUUUCACCACCUCCCAGAUCUCCAGCAUCGUCAAGAAACGCCCCGUUUUGCUUCUAGCCAACGCCGAGUCCGUGCUCCACCCUAAACUCCGCUUCUUCCUCUCCAUCGGCGUCUCCAAACCCUUACUAGCUCGAACCCUCGCCUCCGAUCCCACCAUCUUGACAAGAAGCCUCGUCAACCAGCUCAUCCCUUACAACUUCCUCAAGAGCGUCCUCGAAGCCGACGAAAAGAUCGUGGCCGCGCUUCGCCGGACGACGUGGAUAUUCCUGGAGGAUCACACCAAGAACCUCGUCCCGAACAUCAACCACAUGUCGGAGACUGGCGUCCCCGAGAAAUGCGUACAGCUGCUCCUCACGCAUUUCCCCGAAGCAGUGAUGCAGAGGAAGGACGAGUUCAAGGAAAUCACCAAACAAGCUAAAGAGAUGGGGUUCAACCCCGGGAAAACGACCUUCGUGCUGGCCAUCCACGCGCUCUCCGGGAAAGGCAACAGGUCGAUAUGGGACAAGUGUUUCGAGGUGUACCGGAGGUGGGGGUGGUCGGAAGACGACAUCAUGUGCGCGUUCAAGAAGCACCCGCACUCUAUGAUGCUGUCGGAGAGGAAGAUAAACAGGACGAUGGAGUUUCUUGUGAAGGAGAUGAAUCUGGAGCCUAGAUCGAUCGCAGGGUGCCCCGUGGUGCUCUUCUUCAGCCUGGAUAAGAGGAUUAUCCCGAGAUGCUCGGUGGUUAAGGUGUUGGCAUCAAAGGGGUUGGUGAAGGAGGACUGGAGCUUGACGUCCUUGUUGGUUCCAGUGGAGAAAGUGUUCUUGGAGAAGCUGGUGGUUAAGUACGAGGAGGAGUUGCCUGAGUUGAUGGAUGUGUAUAGAGGAUACACCACCAAACUCUGACCAAUCUGGCAUGUGUCAUCUAAUUUUGAUAAUAAGGGGAAAGUUUGAAGUCAUUUGCUUCAAGUCUAUUGAAGAGGUUGGGACUUGGGAGUAAUCCAAUGAUACAGAAAGCAAGAAACAAAGUUGAUGACCGUGUUCUUCUAUUGUGAUGAGAAAUUGAAGUUACACACACAAGGAGGCAUCGGUUGUUGAUUAGAAACCAUUCUCUUUUGCUUCAGUAUAUAUAUAUCUAGAGGAUACACCACCAAACUCUGAGCUUCCCCAUCUUUUUCAUUUUUCUGAUCAUCAUGUCAUAUGCUGAGGCAUGUAUAAUCUAAUUUGGUAAUAAUAAAAGGAAGUAUU